CAGCGAAGAAUGUUUUUAAGAAAACUGUCAAAAAAGUUCAAGCAAUAAGAAUUAUGGAUAAUGUAACUAGUACAUCUUUAUUACAUCUGAUCCAAAAACACCCAGAAAGGCGCACACGGAAGGAAAUCGAUCUUUUUCUACCCGCUUUCAUGAUGAAAACAGAUUGUCUGCGAAAUGUGGAAAGAGACGUUGCAGCAGAGAUUCUGAAAUAUAGUGAACAUUUGCACGUUGACAAAGGAACUGUUAUCGUUACCCAGGGGGAGGAGGGAAGCAAGUUCUACGUUGUAAUAAGAGGUUCAGUUGGUGUAUAUGUCAAAGAAAUAUCCCGAAAAGCGAGGAAAAAGAAAUCUAUGGUAAUAGAGUUACCCAGCAUAUACAGUACAGCCAGCGCUAAUAGUCUCAAAAAGGAGACCCAAAGCCAUCAAAGCCAAUGUCACGUUAAAGACGUAAACAUCGAACAGCUGGAUCCAAUGGAAGAAUUGUAUGGACCCAAAGUUAACGUCUUACCAACUGGACACUCGUUUGGUGAGUUAGCUUUGCUAGGGAGCAUUGUACGGAACGCUACCAUCGUUGCAGAGGAGACAGUAGACCUUCUGGUGAUUGACAGGGAACUCUUUGAAAGCACUAUUUCGGCAAACCAAUCCAAAGAGUUAGAUGCUAAAAGGUUUUUUGUCAAGACUCAUCCAUUCUUUGCGAAAUGGACGGAAGCCCAUAAGGAACACUUAGUAGCUACUUUGAAAAGGCGGGUAUUUUACCCUGGUCAAUGUGCCUUCCGGCAAGGAAGUGAGGUCAAAGGUCUCCAUUUUCUCGUCACAGGAAAGGCUCGUUUGUCCGCUAUUCCAGAUUUACACAGAAAACAGUACCCAGCAUUAUUCCAUGCUGCAGAGAUGAGCAAGAAACAUCCACUUGAUUUCGAACACCAAAAUGCAAAGUAUUCGAAGCUACCCAGCAUUCAUAGGAACCAAAAUAAAUACAUGACGGAACUAGCGUCCAUCAAAAGAACAGACGGUUACGCAGCCGCAGAACGCUUCGUUGCAAGUCGUAAGGUAGAGUUGUGUCACGUGGAAGGAGGGGACAUAAUCCACGAUAUAGAGAUCAUGCUUAAUCUCCCAACAUCAUUAUUUCGAGUUUUCUGUUCGACUGAGUGCGAGUUCUACACAUUAAAUACAAAUCAAAUUGAUCGUCUCAUCACUAAAAGAAAUGCUAGUGUAUUGACUUUGCUCAAAACCCGCACAGAAACCAAGCUUGCUGUUCGAAUUGCAUCUAUUCCUGGAAAGAAAAUCGACAUCCUUCCGCUGUUGUUGUUGCAGUUGAGGUUUGUCCGAAUUUUUAAGGAAAAAGACUCGGAAAAACACGAGGAGUCCGCAAGCAUUCACAGAUUGCCACUGUCCGAGUGCUUGAACAUUAGUGGAUAUGAAUAUCAGGAGUACAGCCCGAACGAAGGAGUGGCGGAUUCGGUAGUACAUAAAUCAGAUGUUCCUAAAUACGUUCUUGAAGGACCAGAUUACUACCGGAAGUUGAUGCGAAAGCGACAACAGGAAAGGGAGGAGUUGAGGAGACGAUACCCGGAUCAGAUAAAUGAAUGCAAGUCGAUCAGUAAUGACAUGAAGGACAUGAUUCUGAAUAGUGUCAAACAGCGCCACCUAGUGGAGAAAAUUAUGAAACGGUAUUCUCUUGGAUGGACAAUGGAGGGGCCCUGGGUGACGCGGUGGAAAUGAUGCAUCGAGAUGACGCUUUGGAAGUGACGCAUUAGGUUACAGCAGUGAAAUGAAAUACACAGUAACAGAAGAUCCUGAAUUAAUUGUCCUAUUUCAUCCUACCACAAUGUGCUAAGUGUACUAGUAUAUAAAGUUUUACACAGAAAUUAAAAAAAAUCUGACCUACCAUUUUAUUUCAUAAUUAAUUAAUUGAAUUUUUAUUUAUCUGUAUUUUUCAUUUUCUGUAUUCACUA